AUGAACGAUGACGAGGCGGAGGACGAAGAGGAAGAUGAGAUAGAGGAAGAGGGCAACGCCUGCGCGGCGGUGCUAACGACGAGGUGUCAAAGCGCCACAGUCCCAGAGGCUUCCCAAGGACCCCUCGACGCCCCCGUCCAAACCCCAACCAAGCAUGUCUCCUUCAUUUCCUCGACGAAGGAAAGAACUAAACAGCAGGUACCAAACGACUCCUUCCAGUAUGCGGACCAAAUAGCAAGUGAAGCAGACCCUGAGGCUGAAUUAAAGGGACUAGACGCGCCCCAGACCGAGUCACAUGAUUCCAAUGCCGGUUCAGAGAGCGACAUUCACACCCGGUCCGCCACGCCCCUGGGUGACGGCGAGAAGCCCCACGGACCUCACGCAGAGGCACACCAAACCCGGUACUUCGUCACCACACCCUACAGGGCCCCCAGCAGCCUCUCACCGCGGCACUUUGGAUCAGGCCACUCACACAGGCAUGGCAGUGGUGCAGUCAGCCCCACACCACGCAUCGGCAGGCCUUCAUCGCAAACCAUCAGGCCCAGCUACAACGUCUUCAGCCACGACAUCAACGUAUCCCCAAGAAAUUCUGGCAGAUACAAUACGCAACGAAGCAAGUUAAGUUAUCCCGUAAUCCGACAUGAAAAACCAGACCACAUUCGCUUCCAUUCGGAUAAGUCCUACACACCACAGAUAAUACCGGCUAAAUUGGAGUUUGCGGCCUACGCGAACUCAACUCGCUCUCACAAAUCGAGCAACACGUACGGCACGGUAAGAAACCAAAAGACGCAUCCCAUAAAAUCCAUCUUCAGUUUCGUCCUCCCCGGCACCCCCCACUCCCCAAAGGCAAGACCAGCUACAUCAUACACCGCCAACAUGACCUCACAGUCUCCUCACCCAGCACUCCAGUCUUCUCAUCACCGUCUCCUCGCCCCACACCCUCCCCUUACAAGCUGCAAGAGUCGCCCCCUAAAAUUCUCAUCUACUCCCCAUCCUCCCUUAAAAUCGCCCCCCACCCACUCCCUCCAGUAAACUUCAAGCUCCCCCUCCACUUAUCUAUCUGCCUAAACACAAUCCACUGCCACUUGAAAAGCCACAUAUUUCUCCACCUCCAUCACAUCCA